AUGGCUUCCCAGCAGGGACAGGGCGCAGGUGGUCCGGGAGGAUAUCAGCAGCCUCAGCAGGGUAGUAUGAAUGGACAAUUCAGGCCGCCUGCGCCUCCUGGUACUCAGCUGGGUCGGCCGCCAUUUCCUCCAGGCACGAAUGGCUUUCCAGGUAAGUGUAGCCUCUCAAGGCUGUGUCUAGCAUUUGGCCUUUAGUGGGUCGAAAAUGCCUUCAUUGGGAUCAGCUGGAUGCUCUUGAGCUAGUAUAGCCUCGAUGACAAAUGCAGGGCGAUCUCGACGAGCUGACACGCUGCGGUCUUCGUGCAGGUCGGCCUCCCCCUCCAGGCUCACAGUUUGCCCGGCCAUCUGGGCCCGGACUGGCUCCCGGCCAACAACUUCCUCAACUGGCCCGACCAGGCAGCACCGGACCCGGUCCACUCCCACAGCAAGGCAGGCCAGGUCAGCCUCCCAUGCCCAAUCCUCAACAGCGCGUCAUGAGCCCGCCAGGCCAGGGAGGCGUGCCAGCAUAUCCGCAACAGCAAGUACCUCCACGCAACGGAGGUCUCACGCCAGCCCCACCUGGCGAGCAGGGCCGGGCAAGUCCUCGACCCGGUAUGCCUCCCAUGCCUCAAGGCGCUCGACCGUUUCAGCCUGGUGCCCUUCAGGGCAGACCUGGACUUCCACAGCAGCAACCUCAGCAAGGGCCGGGAAACCCACAAAGUCUGCACGCUCAAAUGUCAAACAUGAACCUUGGUCAGCAAGAUGGCUCUGCCGCUGCUCCUGCUACUGCGUUGUCGCCGCCACCGGCAGAAGGUGCAGCUGCUGCUAGCUCCAAGAAUAAGCGGAGUGCUCGUGCGUACCAUCAGCAGGAGGAAGUGGCCCCCACAGGUCAACAGGGCGGGCUGGGACCUCACGGCUAUGGUCAGCCCCAGCAAGCGAGCUGGCAAGCCGAAGCAGCAGCGCGCGUUGCAGCAUACGAGUCCCAAUUGGAAGGUGCCGCAGAUGCAGCGCUGGAUCAAUACCCUGGACAGCGUAAUGUGUUAUCCCCAGAACAAGCGGCAGCAAAUCAGCAGCGCCUGGCGAGUAUGCAGGCUCAAGCUCAAGGACAACGCGGUCAGUUGCAAGCGCCCGGUGGUGCUGGAGGAGCCUUCAUGCAAUCGAUGCCCAUAACGCCUGGCCCUCCUGGACCGCACACUCCGGGUGCUCCCAUGCAGUCCGGCUUUGCUCACCAGCAAGCUGGUCAGCCAGGUGGGAUCAGCCAACCUCCACACCAGGCGGGCCAGCGCUUUGCCGGACCUCGCAGCAAGAUUGAUCCUGAUCAGAUACCGGCACCGGUCGAAGCUCAAGACGCAGAUCAAGAAUUUUUUGACAAGGAAUGGUUUGCGACUUGCGGACGCGGAGGUUUGCCACUGAGCACAACAGACUUUGGCGCAGUGGACCAGGGAAAUUGCUCUCCCAAGCACAUGCGGCUCACGACUUACAGCUUGCCAUUCUCGGAUGAGCUGGCUUCCAUGUCGCAGCUUCCCAUCUCGCUUGUAGUCCAGCCCUUUGCUCAGCAGAGACCCGAUGAGCUGCCGGUGCCUGUCGUUGAGUGCGGUCCAAGCGGUCCUCCUCGAUGCAAGCGGUGCAGGGCCUACAUCAACCCUUGGGCCAUCUUCGUUGAAGGAGGUCAAAAGUGGUGCUGUAACCUUUGCGGAACAGCCACGGAUGUCGCGCCUGACUACUUCUGCAACUUGGACAUGGGAGGCAGACGAGUAGAUUUCGAGCAAAGGCCGGAACUCAGCCGGGGUACGGUGGAAUUCAGAGUGCCGAAAGAGUAUUGGGCCGUGCAGGCAAGCCCACCAGCUAGCGUCUUGCUACCCGUUGCUCCUGCCCUGUCGCUCACUGAGACUGCAAAGCUGAGUCCUCGCCCGGACAACGCACCUAGCGAAGCAUUUGCGGGCUCAACAAUGGGUCUUGGUGGACAAGGUGGACAAGCCGCCAAAGCUGCGACGAAGGCUGCGAGUGAGGCGCUGAGCAACACCCUGACCAUCGGCCAAGGACGCACGACUGUUCGCGCUCCUAGGCCCAUGACGUACUUCUUUGCGAUUGACGUGUCCUUUUCCGCCGUCAGGUGUGGCAGCCUUCAAAAAUGCAUCGAGAGCAUCAGGGAAACCCUGUACGGACCUAGGGGCACUUCUGGCACGAACGGCGAAGCUGCAAACGAGGAAGCUCCCGGCUUCGGAUUGCCUCACGGUAGUCGCGUGGUGAUCUUGACCUUCGACAGGGCUUUGCAUUUCUACAACUUGCUGCCGAGCUUGGAACAAGCUCAGAUGCUCGUUGUCGCAGACAUCGACGAGCCCUUUGUUCCAAUCAGCGAAGGUCUGUUGGCAGAUCCAUGGGACUCCAAGUCGCAGAUCGAAGGCCUGCUCGACAGCUUGCCUACGAUGUUCGCCGAAAAUUCCGCUUCCGAAGCCGCUCUCGGUGCUGUUGUUCGAGGCGUGCAGGCCACGCUGAGCACGAUCGGCGGUCAAGCGAACAUUUUCCUGUCUACGAUUCCCACUCUGGGACCUGGCGCCCUGAAACAUCGAGAAGAUACGAAGCUGUAUGGCACGGACAAGGAGAGGAACCUGUUCAUUCCUCAAGACGGCUGGUAUAGGGGUGUUGCUGAGGAGUGUGUUGAAGCCGGAAUCGGUAUCAAUGUCUUCUUCUUCCCCAGCCAGUACAUCGAUGUGGCCACCAUCGGCACUUUGAGUGGAGUAACUGGAGGAGAGCUCUUCUUCCACCCUCGUUUCGAUCCCGUCAGAGAUGGCGUCAAGCUGGACGCUCAAAUUAAGCGUGCGGUGCUGCGUGAGACGGGCUACAAUUCCACCAUGCGCAUUCGAUGCAGCAACGGCCUGCAUGUGACGGAUCACUUCGGCAACUUCUUGCAGCGCAACUCGACGGACCUGGAGUUUGCAAAUGUGGAUGCGGACAAGUCUAUUGCGGCGCUCAUCAAGCACGAAGCCAAGCUGGAUGAAAAACAAGAAGCACACUUCCAGUGCGCCAUCUUGUACACUACUGCUUCGGGAGAGAGACGAGUGAGGUGUUCGAACUUGGCAGUGCCUGUCACCAGCUUGCUUGGCAACGUAUUCCGAUACGCCGACCUGGACAGCACCGUUGCCUACUUUAUGAAAGAAUGUAAGUUUCAAAUUGAGGCACGAAUUGAAGCGUGCGCGUCUUUCUGACAGACCGACGACUCCACUGCAUCAGCAAUAUCGCUUGCACACACCAAGUCGUUGCGGGACGUUCGCCACUACCUCACUGAGCGGUGCGUCAAGAUUCUCCUGGCGUACCGACGUAAUUGCGCCUCCUCGACGAGCCCGGGGCAGCUCAUCCUGCCAGAGAGCUUCAAGCUGCUGCCGCUCUACGCUCUGGGCAUCAACAAAACCAAAGCCAUCAAAGGAGGCAACGUGACGUCGGACGUCAGAACGUACCACAUGCGAACGUUGAGGGGCAUGGGCACCAACUUGAUCAUGUCUGCACUGUAUCCGAGAAUGAUUGCCUUACAUCGCAUGAGCGAUGAUGAUGGAGAACCCAUCAAGAUUCAACAAACCAAUGGGGAUGGUUCGGAGACGCAGGUGGAAGGUAUGAGGAUCAAGUGUCCUCCGCUUUUGCGCCCCAGCUAUCAGCGCAUGGAAGCGCAUGGUGCUUAUUUGUUGGAGAAUGGAGAUAUGUGCAUCUUGUGGCUUGGCAGUCAAGUCAAUCCGAGGUUGCUGGACGACCUGUACGGCGUCAACAUUUUGGAGGAGCUCGAUCCUCGCAUGGUGAGUACAGUGCGCGCAGAGACGACCGCGCGCCUCGGGUGAUUGUGCUCGCGCUUGCCCAGCGGCCUGAAGGCUAGUCCGCUGACGCGCAUGCACAACCCCACGCUAUCCUCCAGACGACCCUGCCUAAGCUGCCUACAAAGCUCUCCAAGCAAGUCAGAACGCUCGUGCAAAGCUUCGCGACGCAGCGCAGCAAACCUGCUUUACCCGUCUUCAUUGCCAGACAGAAUAGGGACGGCAUGGAAGUGGAGCUGGCCAACAACUUGGUGGAGGAUCAGAACAACGAUAUGAUGUCCUACGUCGACUACUUGUGCCACGGUAAGUUACGGACAUUGCUUUGGACCCGUCGGAGCGAGGUCACGCCGUAUUGCUUGCGUUUGUAAACUGACGAUACUCGUAUGUGCUUCUGCAGUACACCGCGUCAUCUCGAGCGAGGUCAGUGGAGCGGGCAAUGCGGGCAAGACGGACGGCGCAGAUGCGGGGUACUGGAGAAGCUGGUGA